GAUCCCAAUCAUGUGUGUUUUUGAGGUUAUGUUGGAUAAUAAAAUUUAAUUUUUUCAACAUUUUCGACAAACAUUGUAACACAUAUAAUAAUACAGAAACGACACGGACUAGUAGGUAAACGCAAAUGUCGAUCCUGGAAUACUCUGAGAAGUUGGCACGUGUGAAAUCCGAGUCCAACAAUAUCCACAAUUGUAAAGUGUGCCCAUACUUUACAACCUCAUUUUUCUUGAUGGUGAAUCACGUUAAACGCCACCGGUCAUCGUUGAUUCGUUUCAACUGUGAAAUUGCCAAAGUUGAGACUUACCACUGCAAGGACUGCAACUUCCAAACAGACUUAAUACUUAUUUUCAAACAGCACAUUCAGCAAUUUCAUAGAAACAAACAAGAGCACGAAAAACAAUUUUCAGAAGAUUACACAGUUCAAAGUUAUGUUUGUGAAAAGUGCAACUUUGAAACACACUUUGUGUUUAAAUGGCUGCAACACACUACAGUCUGUUUGGAAAAUAAAGACACAGAUGUUUUCCCAUGGUUCAGCUGUGACCACUGUGACUACAAAUGCAAGAAAAAGUAUUCAAUAAAAGACCACAUCAUUUCAAGACACUUGCACAUAGACCAGAUUUCUUGGCACCGGUGUGGAGAUUGUGACUACAAAUCCAAGUUCAAGUCACGCUUAAAACGUCACAUAAAUGGCCAGCAUUCAAAAGGCCAAGAUAUUAAAUGGUACAAAUGCAAAGUGUGUCCAUACAAAAGCAAAUAUAAUUCCACUUUAAUGAUGCACGUUAAUGCACGUCAUUUGAAGAUAGAAGAUAUUAAAUGGUAUGAAUGCACCAAAUGCUCCUACAGAACAAAAUAUAACCACCAUUUAAAAAUGCACUUUAACGCUCUUCAUUCAAAGGAACAAGAUAUUAAAUGGCACGAAUGCCAGAAGUGCUCAUACAAAGCCAAAUAUAAAUCAACGUUAAGCAGACACAUGAAGGCGCGUCAUUUAAAUCAAGAACACAUUAAAUGGUACGAAUGCAAAAAGUGUUCCUACAAAACCAAAGAAAAUUCACACUUGAAAAGACACAUAAAAGCGCAUCAUUUAGAUGAAAACGAAAUCGUGUGGUAUCGGUGCAAAGAUUGCCCGUAUAAGUCUAAGCAAAAUUAUCAUUUGAAUAGACACAUACGGGUGCACCAUUUAGAUGCACGAGAUAUUAAAUGGUACGAAUGUGAACAUUGUCCAUACAAAGUUAAAGAACGGUACAGUUUGCAAAGACACGUAAACUGGCACCAUUCAGAAGAGCAAGAUGUUAAAUGGUAUGAAUGCGUAAAGUGCCAUUUUAAAACUAGAGACAGUUCGAGUUUAAACCAACAUGUGAAGAGACACUCAAGACGGACGAACACGUGAUAUUUUUGUGUUUUUCUUAGAGAGAAGUAUUAAGUAGGAUUUUUUGUGUAACUUGUAACUAUUAAACAACAUUUAAAGUUUUUA